AUAACCGGAAAUGUUAGUUAGACAGUCUAUUCUGCGUAGUGACAACAUAACAUUAAAUUUUUGGAUGAGUGUACUUAGUACUGAUGUUUAGAAUAUAGAUUAUAGAUCCUAGAUAGAUCAAGAUUCUAUCUAGAUCUAGGUUCAAAUCUAGAUCCAUAUGACUGAUGAUAAUCUUUUAUAAAAAGUGGUUGUUUUAAGAAAAUACUUUACAAUAGAGAUCGAUAUCACAAAGAUAAAUGACAAAAAAUUUCAAAAAAAUGAUUGAGUUUUAUUUCACCUUACGUCAAUUUUUUAACUCCAGUUCAAAAUCAUUUGAUUAUUGUUCUCUGAUGACAACAUCUAGAUGUAGUGCUAGAGAAACCAAAUCUAGGUCUAGUUACAGACUCACUCCAAAAUCAAAGUUCAACAUCAUUGCAAUAGCAUUGUUUUAUACUACACUACUCUUGUCAGAAAUGUGCGUGCAUGUUGAGGCUUCCAUGAUUGAUGAGGCUGCUAUAAAAGAAGUCAGAUUUAAAAAAGCUGAUGUAGAUACCCCAAUUUUAAAGAAUGAUUCCCCUAAUUUGAGCUCCACCAGUGACACUGCUGGUAACAGUAAACCAUCAGUUAGCAAUAAGGAUGACAUAAAGGCGAGUAAUCAUACUGAGAAUGAAACAAAAAAUAAUACUUCUCACAAUGAGGAAAAUAGUGAAGCCACAUCCAUAUUUACUCAAAUGAAAGAUAACAAGGACAUGCUAAUGAGGACAAUGUAUGUUACAUUAGGAGUAACUGGAAUAGUUGUGGUGUAUUUUAUCAUCAGAGCCGUCAGAUUGAGGAGAAAAAGAACCAAGUCUAGAAAGUAUGGUAUCAUCACUCAGCAAGGUGAUCAUGGAGAUAUGGAAAUGGAACCAUUGGGUGCAGGGGAUGAUGAAGAAGAAGACUAUACCGUAUUUGAAGUCAACGGUCACAAAAAGUAAUCUCAGUGUUUUCAUCUACAAUCCAGGGUUAUUUUACUAUUUUGCUUUAUUUAUAAUUUGAUAAUGAAUGUGGGAACAAUGUAUAGUCAACUUGUAUUUGGCAAGCUAAUAAGACAAGUAACACUUUUUUUGUGAUACCUGUAAAGAGGUCAUAUUGUGUUUGAGUUGAUUUUAAAACAUUUUGUUGAGAGUUUGUUAUUCUGCUACAUUCAUUUUAAAAAUGUUCUUUUAAAUUUACAUGAAUUUCAUGAGUCUGGAAUUUUUUCCCCAUCUUAUGACUCAGAAUGUGACACUCGAAAGUGUAGAAAAAUUUUAAAAUUUUUAAAGUGAACUAUUUAUUUUUUUAUUUUUUUUUUCAUUAACUAAUAACCUAUUUGCUACCCAACACCCAUUCCAGAAACAUCAUCCAAAUACUAAACUAAAUAGAAACAACACACAACUUUUGGUUAUAUUCUUCUGAUUAAAUUUAUCAGAAUAACUAUUUUUAAAAACAUAUUUUGAUUAAAAGCAUUUAAAAUUCAAUUAUUAUAAUAAUUGUAUAGCAGUAUUCAUUAGUUAAGGCUAAUUUUUAAAAUAUACUGUAUAGGAUUUUUUUUUUCCAUUUAUUAAAUCAUUGAUUUUGAAUGUUUGUUGUUAGUGGGACCAUGUGUUCAAAUUCAAAUGUAUGACAGUUGACAUCUUAUAUGUUCCAAUUUGUAAAAUAAUGGCAUAUGCUGUGAACUUAAAUGUGGCAAUGCGUACGAUUGAAAACCCGAAAGUCUUGUGUUUUGAACCUGAACUUGAGUUCGCUCAGCUCUAAGGGGUAGAUAGUAAAUAAAGAUAAGCUUUGUUUACUUAUAAGUAAGAUUUCUUUGUUGUUUUUUUAACAUAAUUUAUAUUGGAACUUCUUUCUGAAAUUUUGUUUUACCAUAAUUCAUUCAACUGGUUGAAUUAGUUUUAAACUGAUUGUGUUCUGUAGGCUUGUUUUUUUUUAAGUUAAAGGUGGAUGUGUUGAUUAUAAAAAUACUUUUGUUAAAAUCUACAUAUUCAUUCUUUUUAAAAUUAAAUAUCAGACCUACAUGAUGUCACUUUAUUCACUUGAACUUUAAUCAACAAUUAUGUCUGGUCUUUAAGUAAUGAUUCUAUAAAAGUGCCUUUAUUGAUGUUUCUUGUAUACAGUAAUAAAUAAUUAUCAAGGAUUAUAUCUAUAUAUUUAUCAAUUUAUUCUUCAUUUUUGUCAGUUUUUUCUUUUAUCUUUACAUUCCUAUCUUGUGCUGUGCAAUAUUUGUAAAAACGUCAUUAUAACUUAUAAUCAACAAUGUCAUUUACUAAACAAUGCCAUCUCCUUGCAUAAAUACCAGCUUUAUUUUUUUAAACAUUCAGUAAAUAUAGUUCCUGCUUUGUGUAAUGACUAACUUGAUAUUUUUCCCCAAGCACACUGUAUGGGACCAAACAUUUUGGGUGCUAGUUAGGUCACCUUGUUGCAACACAGUUUUAGUCUUAGCCUCUAUAUUUUCUUAGACUCUUGAGUAGGCUUUUUUUUUUGUCAGAUAAAAUUGGGAACAAUGUAAUGUGUCUCAGGUGUUUUGACAGCUCUUUUAAAUAUGGUUGGUGACACAAAUUUGGGGUAGGUUUUUUUUUUCUGAAUCUCAAAUACAAAAUGAUACAGGCAAUUCCUAGGGUAAUUAGUGAAAGGAAUUUUUUUUAGUUUUAGUUUAAAAGUUAGGUUAUGGUUAGAGGAUUUUAAUGGAACACUGUUGAUACACAAAAUAAUUACAAUGGUAAUUAUAUAAUAAUCAAAUAGAAAUUAUAUAAACACAGUGUCAUACACAUUUUGUUGAACAUGUUUAUAAAAGUAUUAUUAAUCUAACAUUUUACCUAUAGCAGUAAAGAUUUUACUGUUGUUUUGUCCUCUUUUUUCAAUUAUAAAUUGAUUUUACAGAUCAUUAUGCUUAUAUCUUCUAAGUUACUGUUCAGAUUUAAACAGUAUUUAAAUAUUUGGGAGUUUUUGCUUGGUAACUUUUCCUACACACAUUUAUUAUUCCUUUUUUCUUAAUUACCACCUAAAUCCUGAUUAAUUAAUGUGAAGAAUUCAAAAUAACAAUGUGUUUGUAAUCGUGUUUGACUGGUAUAAAUAGAUUAUAGUUUAUAGUUUCAGCAAAAAAAAAAUUGAGUUGUCGCUUCAUCUUGGAAACGAACAUUAAAAUGCAUCAAAUACGUCUUAAAACCAUUUUUUUUAAUAGUCAAAAUGAAAGUUUAUUUGGUUGAUGUAUAAGGUAUGGUCUGAUCCUGUAGCCGUAAACACUUGUAUUUUAAGAGUCUGUGCAAAUAUAUAUGUAUUUACUUGUGAACCCUUUAAAAAUAAAUAAAAAGUUUUCUCCUCCUACAAA